AUGGAGUUGGUGAACCAAUACAACUGGCUGGUUCUGAACGACGGACAGAGCACAUUUGUACCCGUACAACUGAACAGACGAAGCACAGCAAUUGACGUAUCACUCUGCUCUGCCGAUCUGUACGGAGAGCUCCAAUGGACGGUACUGGAGUAUGGAGUGGGUAGCGAGCACAUGGCGAUACAAAUCGCUGCGAAUCACGAGCAGUCAUCAAAAGGAGACAAAUGGAUAUACAACAGGAAGAAAAUUUACGACCAACUAACGACCUUGGACCACACGGAGGUUCGCUCCUGGGAAGAUCUAACUGGAAAGGUGCAACGAAUCUACAAGAAUAGCAGAAAACGUGAUAAACGGACGCCGAAAUACUGGUGGUCACCGGAGGUAGAGGAAGCGUGGAAAACGAAAACCCAAGCAAGAAGAGAAUUCAACAAAGUUGGCAGUUUGGAAAAUUUGAUAAAAUUCAAAAAAGCGUCGGCUCUAUUCCAGAGGCGGAAGAAGGUGGAAAAGGAAGCCAAGUGGAAGGAAUUCGUAGAACAAAUAAGUCCAUUAACCAGUUCCAAAGAACUUUGGCAGAAAAUCGGGAGGCUAACAGGCAAAAAAGCCCACAGGAAGGAAAAUAAUUUGCUUUUGGACGACUCGGAGUUAGCAGAAAAGUUUCUGGAUCUACAUUUUGGUCAAAACAACCAGGUAGAUACGAGCGGUCUAGGAGGAUCGUUUGCUACCUACGACAUUCUCGAUGAACCAAGGUGGAAAAACAUUAUCGAAUCUAAAAAUUCGAACUCUGCACCCGGAGAAGACAAGAUUACGUACGGAAUGCUUCGACAAUUGCAACCUGAGGUAGUGCAGAUACUACUGGAGGAUCUCAACGGACAAUGGCGAAGAGGUUAUCCUGGAGAAAUGCUGAAAACAAUAAAGGUCGUGGCCAUUCCAAAAAUCGGAAAGGAUCAGUCGACGUUAGAGGGAAAACGACCAAUAUCCCUGGUUCCAACUUGUACCAAAGUUGUAAAUACAGCGGUAUUGGAAGAGCUUAAAGUCGUUUUGGAAGCUAGGAAUAUACUUCCACCAAAAUCAUUUGGAUUCCGUAAAGGGUUGUCCACAAACACAUGUGUGUCAUAUGUCAUCAACAAGAUCAUGGGAAACAGGAGAGAUGGAAAUCUGACGAGUAUCAUAUUUGUGGACCUCAGCAACGCUUUCUGCAGCGUCAAGGUGGACACAUUGCAGAAGAUCAUGUCGGAGAAUCGAGUCCCCUCGGAAUUAAACUGUUGGAUCACGAAUUUCCUUAUGAAUAGGAAAAUAGUGCUCCAAACAAAUGACAAAAAGUUGACAAGAAUCAUAAGCGAAGGACUUCCACAAGGGGAUGUCCUGUCUCCCACGCUUUUCAACGUAUAUACGGCCCAAAUGCACGAAAUUCAAGUCGAUGGAGUAGAGUUGGUCCAAUAUGCCGAUGAUUUCGGCAUUAUUGUCACGGCUAAAUCAGUGGAAAUGUUGGAAACAAAAGGUCAAGCAUACCUGGACAGUUUUGUGGAAACAGCAACUACCCUCAACCUAACAAUUAACCCUGAAAAAACCAAAACAAUUCUUUUCCAAGCAAGCAACAAAUCACUCGAUUAUAAAAUAAACGGGACAGUUAUAGAAACUGUCAGGUCCCAUGGUUAUUUAGGUGUAGUACUGGACAGAUCACUCACAUUUGGACGACACACAAAGGAGCUAAAAGAAAAGGUUAACGACAGACUCAACAUGGUUAAGGUGAUCAGCGGAGUUAAGGCUGGUGGACAUCCGGAAACGAUGCUGAACAUCCACAAAGCAUUAAUUCGAAGCACUUUGGAGUAUGGAUCUACGGUGUACAACAAUGCAGCAAAAACGAACUUAACUGGACUAGGAGUCAUCAACAAUCAGAGCCUUCGAAAAGCAACAGGAUGCACGAAAAGUACACCAUUAAACACACUUCUGGCUAUAUCUGGGCUGGAGUCCUUGGCGAUUAGACACGACUACAUAGCGGGAAAAGAGAUAGCACGGAACAUCGCACAACAAACGGCAGUUGGACAACAGCUUAUCGGAACAGCAAUCAGAAAUAACACAGAAGAAAAUAAGAUCAGCUUUAUGGAAAAAGUUUUCUUCAAACAUUUCCAGAUGUUUGACGCUAUAAUGCCCAUAAUAAGAAAAUGUCCACAAUACCCCGGUGUCACAAUCAGUCCAAGUUUGGAAGGACUGAUAAUGUCAAAGGGAAACACAAAUCCACAACGACUCAAACAACUCGUACUCUACGCAUUCAACGGGACAUACAAAGGACGAACAAGGAUUUUCACCGACGCUUCUAAGGAAGGGCGGAAAUGCGGAAUCGGAGUAUACGUAGAAAGAACAAACAAGAGGAUCUCCUUUAGGCUCGCAAACGAGGUGAGCACCACAGGAGCUGAGCUGAUAGCAAUCAGAGUGGCCAUGGAUAUCGUAGAGGAUGACCAACUGACGGAUGCGGUAAUUUACACGGACUCCCGAUCCGCGUGUGAGAUCUUGGAACUAGCGAGAGGACAGAAUGAACGAGAAGAACUACUGGACGACAUCCUAAGAAAGGCGAUUCAAUGGGGAGUAUCCUUACAAUGGAUACCCAGCCACGUUGGAGUGAACGGCAACGAACUAGCGGACCAUUUAGCGAAAAGAGGUACCACGGACGGCCAAGUCUUUCUUCAAAAUAAAAUAUCGUACAAGGACGCAUACUGGAUCCUGAAAAGUAACAAAGCAUCAAGAACAGACGAGUGGUAUAAAGAGUAUGCUAAGGACAAAGGGCAGAAGUUCUUCCAAAUACAACAGGACUUCAAGCUAAAGCCAUGGUUUGUUGGGCUAAACUUAACUAGCCAACAGAUCCGCCUCCUUAAUCGAUUAAUGGCUGGCCACGACUGGUCAAAAUUCUGGAGACACAAGAUGAAACUAACUGAUAGCCCUGACUGUGAAACUUGUGGUGAACUAGAAACAGCCGAACACCUAAUUCUGCACUGUACAAAGUAUCAAAAUAUGCGUGCCAAAUACACUUUUGGACAUUUCACCAAGCUAAUCGAUUUGUUCAAAACAAAAAACUUGAAGAUGUAUGAAGAAGUUACGGAUUUCGUGAAGGAAGCAGCUUUGGAUUUGUGA